GCAGGACGUAUCUAACGUGCAGUAUUUGGGGCUGUAAACCGAACGAAGUUAUGAGAUUCACUGACAACAUCGGUGCACACAAAUUGACAUACUUAUUCAUUGGACAAAAUAGUACUAUUUCUCAAGCAUCAUUGGGUCAAGCAAAAAAAAAAAUUAAAACUUAUCAAAGGUGAUUGGCUUCUAAAUUCAACUUCAUGUAUGCAAGAAAUAAUUGCUAAAAACAGACCAAAUGAUCCUCUGGUAAAAAAAGACUUUUGCAUUUAUUGCAAUCCCUUCUUUUUCUGUUUUUAGCCGGGCAAAGAUUGAUUACGAUGUAUGACUUGUACGGUUUAUGGUUCAGGUGGUAAUGUCUCAAAGAGGACGAAAGGAUUCAUUUGGGAUAUUUUCUAUGGGACUAUGGACUGUCCUCUUCAUCAAGUUAACAUUGUUCGCUGUGAUAUCGCUGGCGGUUUCGCAAGAUUAUCAUGAAUACCAAUCAAGACCACCGCCGCACAGGCUAGCGCAAGCCGAAGCUCCGAAACCUACACCGGUGCCAAUUCUUAAGCAAAUUAACAGGCAUAAUGAAGAUGGAUCUUAUACUUAUGGAUACGAAGGAGCCGAUGGAUCAUUCAAAAUAGAAACUAAAUUGGCGACGGGUGAAGUGAAAGGAAAAUAUGGAUAUGUCGAUGAAAAUGGAAAGGUACGAGUGGUAGAAUAUGGUGCAAACAAAUAUGGCUUCCAACCAGCUGGUGAGGGUAUAACUGUGGCACCACCAACGUUGGUCGAUGAAACUACAAGGAAGGAUGGAUCGAUAAAUCCAGAUUAUGAUGAUGGUUCCUUCUACCAAGUUACCGCUGCUCCUAAACCACAGCAGCAAGUGUCACGUGUAUCCCGACCACCAUCGCACGCAGUUCCGCAAUUCCAAGAAUAUGAACCGCAACAGUAUGAGCAGCCCCAGGUCGUGCAAUAUAGGCCAUUGCCACCAGGCGCUAGAUCCCAGGCUGUGCCAAGUGUGGUUUACUCCCCACAACCAAGACCGCCCAGACCAGAACCAGUCGACUACUCAGUGUCGAACGCUAGAUCACAGCCACAUUAUACCCAAAUUGAUUCAUCUGCGGCCAGACCUGCGCCACACCAAACUUUGUUCAGAGCCCAACCAGCACCCCCAUCUUAUAGCGUGAGACCUGAACCACAGGUACCACAAGUAUCUUAUGCCAGCCAACCCGCUCCAGUGAGGCCGAGUCCACCAGUUAGGCAAACACCAGCCAGAGGAGUUUUGGACCAAUUAGCUAAAGAUUAUGCUCUACCUCCAGGCGGUGCACCCGCUCUGCACGAUGUCAGCUUCGGCUAUUAUUAA